GUAACAGCGAUAAUUAAGAAUAUGCCCAGAAAAAAGUUUGAAUUUGUAAUAUAAAAUUAAGGGAGAGGGAAAAUGCAUUAAAUGAAAUAAGAAUUCUAUUUUCAAUCUAAGAUCAGAAUAUUAUAGGAUACAAAGAAGCUUUUUUUGAUGAACAAUCAAAUAGCUUAUGUGUCAUAAUGGAAUAGGCAUCUAGAGGUGACAUUGCUAAAUAAAUUAAAAUUCAAUUCGCAAACAUACCUUAAUUGAA